AUGUUCCAUGUUACCUCAGCAACACAAGAAUAUGGACGCACAUGCCUUUCUGAUACAAAAUGGACUGUGGAAGGUAUCUUCCUCAUUUUGCCAACUGUGGAGACUGUCCAAACCCUGCAACUCAUGCUCAACACGCACGAGCGCCUUGCAGGCUUCAUGACAGGGGUUUUCCAUGAACAUGAUCCUGGGGAACCAAGGAGAGACUUCUUGGUUCAUGCAGAGAUGAACCCCUACAAAUGCAAGCAGUGCGGCAAGGGUUUUAACAGGAAGUGGUAUCUUGAUCGACAUCAGCGAGUCCACACUGGGAUGAAGCCCUAUGAGUGCAAUGCACGUGGGAAAGCCUUUAGCCAGAGCUCAACCCUCAUUUGCCAUUACCACACAGGAGAGAAACCGUACACGUGUGCUGAGUGUGGGAAGGCCUUCAAACGCAGGUCGUACCUUGUGCGGCACCAUCCAGUGCACGCUGGGGAGAAGCCUUAUGAGUGCACUCAGUGUCGAAAGACCUUCACGCACCGCUCUACUUUUAUUCGCCAUAAUAGGACCCACUCUGGAGAAAAUCCCUUUGAGUGCCAAGAAUGUGAAAAAGCGUUUAGCAGUAGAGCACACCGAAUUCAGCACUAUAUCGCCCACACUGGAGAGAAGCCCUAUGACUGUGUGGAAUGUGGAAAAGCCUUCCGAUGCAGCUCAGAACUCAUGCAGCACCAGCGGAUUCACACCGGGGAGAAGCCCUAUGAAUGCACCCAGUGUGGGAAAGCCUUUCACCGAAGCACGUACCUCAUUCAGCACUCUGUCAUCCAUACCAGAGGGAUGCCGUACAAGUGCAUCGAGUGUGGGAAGGCCUUCAAACGCAGGUCCCACCUCCUGCAGCACCAGUGCAUCCAUACUGACAAACCUGGCAGUGCAGAGAAUCUAGAAAGGCCUUCACACACUGCCCCACAUCUGUCAGAGUGGAAGAAAAUGUGUUGA